AUGGGAGGACAAGGGAACUUCCAAAAUCGAGGUUUUAACCAGAAUUUUAGGAAUCAUCCUAUUCUGUCCUACAGGAGCAACAAUGUCGAGAACCUCCAGGAUCAGGUCUACCCACCGCGACCUCAACAGAGCAACUUUGCACAUGGAUUCCAGAACAAGGGUACAGGUUUUGGUGGAUCGAAUUUUCAACAGAAACCUCAGGUCAACAACUUCGCGCAAGGGUAUCAACCGGUUGCACAGCAGGCAGCAGUCUCACAGGAGAGCAAACUGGAACAGAUUAUGCAUGCUCUGAUGGAGAACCAGAAGAAAAACGCCACUAAGGUGACUGUCAAGAUCGACAACAUGUACUCUGAGCUGAAUGGGAGAAUUGAAUCGUUAAAUUCUCACAUGAGAGUGUUGGAGAACCAAGUGGCACAAUCCGCGGCUAGAGUCAAAGCACCUCCAGGGAUACUUCCAGGGAAGAACGAGGCUAAUCCAAAAGAAUAUGUGAAUGCCGUCACCCUUGAAGCGGCAAGGAGCUUCCGGAACCGCAACAGAAAGCAGGGAAUGACCAAUCCAGCGGUGAGACUGACCAUUCCUGAAGAAAAACAACCCAGCGGACCACAGCAACCCUAUGCACCCAGACUACCUUUCCCUACUUGCCGCAAGUCAAAGAUUCAAGAGCGAAAGUAUGAGAAGCUGAAGUCAGUAGUAGGAGAGCUUCAGGUUAGACUCCCUUUCAUCGAAGCAGUAAGGAUGGUUCCAGCUCAUAAGAAGUAUAUGGAAGAGAUUCUAACAGACAAGCUCAGUCUGGAGAAGGGAGUGAUGUACCUCACACAAGAGUGCAGUUCUAUGCUCCAAAAUCGAAUGCCUAAAAAAUGUGGGGAUCCAGGACCAUUUACUCUACCUUGCACGAUAGGAGAUCUCAAAUUCAACAAAUGUCUCUACGAUUUAGGAGCGAGCGUGAGCCUUAUGCCACUCAGCGUUGCCACGCGACUUGGCCUCUACAGCUUUAAACCGACCCAAGUCACCCUCAUCCUUGCUGAUCGUUCCAACGUCGAGAAGGGGUAUUGGAGAACUUGCCAGUGCAAAUUGGUAACUGCUACAUCCCUACAGAUUUCAUCGUUUGAAACUUGA